AAACCAUAAGGUGUUGAAUCAAAAGUCCAAUGGAAUAGUACUAUUAUAAUUAUAACAAAAGAGUACAAACAUUAUGGUCAAGAAGAAGAAGAAGAAGAUAGCAACAUAACUGUAAUAUUGACUGGACUAAGUCGGUACUCAUUAGUCAAGUCAUCAACAGGGCUUAAUCUGAUAUCUAGCUUGUUGAAUGCAGCUAUAAUUUAAAGUCUAGUUUUGUUUGGACUAACUUCAUAGCUUUUUUUCUUCUAUUUUUUCUUUAUGCAGAUAUCCUGUAGUAGCAUAAGUUUAUUUGUUUAUCUCACUCUCUUUAUGCUGAUAUUUUCUCCUACUAGUUCCAGCCCUGUUCCUCAGAUAAAAUAUGAUGUCUUUGUUAGCUUCAGGGGUAGUGAUAUUCGCAAAAAUUUCCUUAGCCAUGUUCUUGAGGCUUUUUCGCGAAAGAAAAUUGUAGUCUUUUCUGACAAGAAGCUUCGAGGAGGAGACGAAAUAUCAGAACUUCAUACAGCAAUUGAAAAAUCAUUGAUUUCAUUGGUCAUAUUUUCACCAAACUUUGCAUCUUCACAUUGGUGUUUGGAUGAGCUUGUGAAAAUAGUCGAGUGCAGAGCAAAUUAUGGCAGGAUUCUAUUGCCAGUUUUCUACCAAGUAGAGCCCUCAGAUGUACGGCAUCAAAAUGGGAGUUAUAGAGAUGCUUUUGCUCAACAUGAACAAAAGUAUAAUUUGAAUAAGGUGCUAAGUUGGAGAUAUGCUUUGAAGCAAUCUGCCAAUAUGUCUGGAUUUGAUUCAUCACAUUUUCCGGAUGAUGCUAAGCUUGUAGAAGAAAUAGUUCAAAAUGUGUUGACGAAGUUAAAUCAAGUCGAUCAAGGCAAGUCAAAAGGACUUAUAGGAAUUGAAAAGCAAAUUUUGCCUAUAGAAUCAUUGUUACAUUUAGAGUCAGAAGAUGUUCGUGUUCUUGGAAUUUGGGGUAUGCCUGGUAUUGGUAAAACAACUAUUGCUGAAGAAGUAUUUCGUAGACUACGUUCUAAAUACGAAAGUUGUUAUUUUAUGGCUAAUGUAAGAGAAGAAUCAGAAGGAUGUAGAACAAACAGUUUGAGGCUAAGAAAAAAUCUUUUAUCCACUCUAUUAGAGGAAGAAGAUUUGAAAGAUGACAUGAUAAAUGGAUUACCUCCUUUGGUUAAGAAAAGGCUAAGCCGCAUGAAGGUUCUUAUUGUUCUUGAUGAUGUUAAAGAUGCAGAGCAACUAGAAGUUUUGAUUGGAAUAGUUGAUUGGUUAGGACCAGGAAGUAGAAUCAUCAUAACUACUAGAGAUAAACAAGUACUUGCUGGAAAAAUUGAUGAUAUAUACGAGGUUGAGCCAUUGGACUCUGCUGAAUCUUUUCAGCUUUUCAAUUUAAACGCCUUUACUAAACAUGAGCAUCUCGAAAUGGAGUACUAUGAGCUAUCAAAGAAAAUGGUGGAUUAUACCGCAGGUGUUCCACUGGUUCUUAAAGCUUUAGCUAACCUUCUUCGUGGGAAAGAUAAAGCCAUAUGGGAAACCCAAUCAAGGAAUCUUAAAAUAGAGCAGAUUGAAAAUGUCCAUGAUGUUUUUAGAUUGAUAUACACUAAUCUUGAUUAUUAUGAAAAGAUUAUAUUCUUAGACAUUGCCUGCUUUUUUGAUGGAUUGAAGUUGAAACUUGAACUCAUAAAUCUUCUAUUGAAAGAUCGCCAUUAUUCGGUGAGCACUAAAUUAGACAGGCUAAAAGAUAAAGCUCUUGUAACUAUUUCUCAAGAAAAUAUUGUAUCAAUGCAUGACAUUAUACAAGAAACGGCUUGGGAGAUUGUUCACCAAGAAUCUGUGGAAGAACCUGGAAGCCGAAGCCGACUAUUGGAUCCUGAUGAUAUUUAUCAUAUAUUGAAUGAUGACAAGCAGGGAGGUGAGUCCAUCAGAAGUAUGGCAAUCAGAUUAUCUGAAAUUAAGGAGCUGCAGUUAAGCCCUCGUGUAUUUGCCAAGAUGAGCAAAUUGAAAUUUUUGGAUAUUUACACUAAGGAGUCUAAAAAUGAAGGACGUUUGUCUCUUCCUCGAGGGCUUGAAUUUUUGCCUAACGAACUGAGAUAUCUUCGUUGGGAGUAUUACCCUUUGGAAUCCUUACCAUCCAAGUUUUCUGCAGAAAACCUUGUUAGAUUGAGCUUGCCUUAUAGCCGAUUGAAGAAACUUUGGCAUGGAGUGAAGGAUCUUGUGAAUUUGAAUGUCCUUAUACUCCAUUCAUCCACACUCCUAACAGAGCUACCAGACUUUUCAAAGGCCACAAGUCUCGCAGUCUUGGACCUCCAAUUCUGUGUAGGGUUGACUAGUGUUCAUCCAUCUGUUUUCUCUCUCAAAAAUCUUGAGAAACUGGAUUUGAGUGGAUGCAUUUCCCUUACAAGCCUUCAAAGCAAUACUCAUUUAAGUUCCCUUAGUUAUCUCUCCCUCUACAACUGCACAGCACUGAAGGAAUUCUCAGUGACUUCAAAGCAUAUGAGCGUAUUGAAUUUAGAUGGCACGAGUAUCAAAGAACUACCCUCAUCAAUUGGACUUCAAAGCAAACUUACAUUUUUAAAUCUUGGACGCACUCACAUUGAGAGCUUGCCUAAGAGCAUCAAGAAUCUUACAAGGCUGAGACAACUAGGUUUCUUUUAUUGCAGGGAGCUUAAAACCCUACCAGAGCUUCCUCAAUCGCUAGAAAUGCUAGCUGUUGUUGGUUGUGUAUCACUACAGAAUGUAGAGUUCCGUUCAACUGCCAGUGAACAACUUAAGGAAAAGAGGAAAAAGGUUGCCUUCUGGAAUUGCCUUAAACUAAAUGAGCCUUCUCUCAAGGCUAUUGAGUUAAAUGCUCAAAUUAACAUGAUAAGCUUUUCAUACCGACAUAUAUCAGAAUUGGACCAUGACAACCGUGAUCAAGAUCACGACCAAAAUCUGAAUCAUAGCAUGUAUCUCUAUCCAGGUAGCAAAAUUCCAGAGUGGUUGGAAUAUAGUACAACUACACAUGAUUACAUAACUAUUGAUCUUUUUUCUGCUCCUUAUUUCUCUAAAUUGGGAUUCAUUUUGGCCUUCAUCAUUCCAACCACCACAUCAGAGGGUUCGACUUUGAAAUUUGAAAUCAAUGAUGGUGAAGAUGAUGGUGAAGGUAUCAAAGUGUACUUGCGUAGACCACGACAUGGAAUAGAAUCAGAUCAUGUGUAUCUAAUGUAUGACCCAAAAUGUUCUCGUUACCUAGCUAGCCGAGUCAAUAAUCGGUCAAAGAUUAAAAUUCAGGUUAGAGCAUCAUCGGGAAUAUUGACGCCUGAUCCAAAAAGAAAUAUAACACUGCUAUCACCGUAUGUGCCAGUGCAGUUAAGAGGCUUUGGAGUUAGCCUGGUAACCCCUUCACGGUAUGACAAGUUUAAACAGCAAUUGGCAUUUCGUGAUGGUAAUGUUGUUCCAAAUAAUAUGUGUUCGGUGAAAGAGAGAUCAAUAUUUCUAGGAGUUUAAAAAGCUAAACAGUUCAAUUAUUUCUGUUGCCUGUAAAUUGGAACAUGGAAUCAGACCUUGAUUGAAUAAUAUCCCUUGUGAUAGCUUGUAUGUGAAGUAAUUUAUGUAGGUUUUGUCAACUUUUUUUUUA